GGGUAACGAGAUACCGGCUGGCGUAGAGCAGCUUUGCCUGUGUGGCUCUUGAGCCGGCAGCGGGGAGGAGGAGGAGGAAGAGGAGGCGCGGAAGAAUAGAGGGCUCCGCCUUGCUUCAGCCGCUCUCGCAGCCGCUUUUCCCCUUCUUCUCCCCACUGUACCUGGAUGGUCCGCGUCGCGGCGGCGGCGGGGCCUCCUCCUCCCUGGUGCCUGCGGCGGUGGCGGGCGGGGGCUUCGCGGGGUGGUGGGUUGCCGUCUGAGGAGGCGACCAGCCCGGGCGCUGAAUGAAGAUGGACUAUGACUUCAAGGUGAAGCUGACCGGGGAGCGAGAGCGCGUGGAGGACCUCUUCGAGUACGAGGGCUGCAAGGUGGGGAGGGGGACCUACGGGCACGUCUACAAGGCCAAGCGGAAGGACGGGAAAGAUGAUAAAGAUUAUGCUCUGAAGCAAAUAGAAGGUACUGGGAUUUCUAUGUCUGCAUGCAGAGAAAUAGCUCUGUUACGGGAACUCAAGCAUCCAAAUGUAAUUUCUCUGCAAAAGGUGUUUCUGUCUCAUGCUGACAGAAAAGUAUGGCUCCUUUUUGACUAUGCGGAACAUGACCUUUGGCACAUAAUAAAAUUUCACAGAGCUUCUAAGGCAAACAAGAAGCCAGUUCAGUUACCUCGGGGAAUGGUGAAAUCUCUAUUAUAUCAGAUCUUAGAUGGCAUUCAUUAUCUACAUGCUAACUGGGUGUUACACAGGGAUUUGAAACCUGCUAAUAUUUUAGUUAUGGGUGAAGGUCCUGAGCGAGGAAGAGUAAAAAUUGCUGACAUGGGCUUUGCCCGAUUAUUUAAUUCACCUUUGAAGCCUUUAGCUGAUUUGGAUCCAGUAGUUGUUACAUUCUGGUAUCGAGCUCCAGAAUUACUGCUUGGAGCAAGACAUUAUACCAAAGCUAUUGAUAUUUGGGCAAUAGGGUGUAUAUUUGCAGAGCUGCUAACAUCAGAGCCAAUAUUCCACUGCCGACAAGAGGAUAUAAAAACUAGUAAUCCGUAUCAUCAUGAUCAGCUGGACAGAAUAUUCAAUGUAAUGGGAUUUCCUGCAGAUAAAGAUUGGGAAGAUAUUAAAAAGAUGCCUGAACAUUCAACUUUAAUGAAAGAUUUCAGAAGAAAUACAUAUACCAACUGCAGCCUUAUCAAAUAUAUGGAAAAACAUAAAGUUAAGCCGGAUAGUAAAGCAUUCCAUUUGCUACAGAAAUUGCUUACUAUGGACCCAAUAAAGAGAAUUACCUCAGAACAGGCUAUGCAGGAUCCUUAUUUCUUAGAAGAUCCACUUCCGACAUCAGAUGUGUUUGCAGGCUGUCAGAUCCCAUAUCCAAAACGGGAAUUUUUAACUGAAGAGGAGCCUGAUGACAAAGGAGACAAAAAGAACCAGCAGCAGCAGCAGGGCAAUAACCACACAAAUGGAACCGGCCAUCCAGGGAAUCAAGACACCAGUCAUACACAAGGGCCUCCUUUGAAAAAAGUGAGAGUAGUUCCUCCUACCACUACCUCAGGUGGACUUAUUAUGACCUCAGAUUAUCAGGACAGUGAAAAAAACAGCAUCAUAGCAACUGGAAUCCAUCAGCGCUGAGUGACUGUUGUUGUACAAGACAGUGAGAUGCAUCAGACACUGAGCACAAACAAAAACCAGCAGCAAAACACUUUUAGCCCUGUUGAAUUCAUGCAGUGUGUUGGAAACAUGCGAUUAAAUACGUUACAGUCGUUAACGUUAAUUUUGUAUUUCUCCAGAUUCCCACUUGAACACAGUCGUUCUGAAAUCAUGUGUUCAGCUUGAAAGGGUCUAUCAUAAUCAACAAAUGCUUUUCAGGAAGCAAAGCUUUUGGGGAAAAAAUAUCUAGUGUAUUAUUCAAUAAAAUCAUGUUACAUAUUCAGAUGCUAGAAUCUUUUGACAAUUUAGGAGAUUGAUUUAUUAAUGUAGUAGACAGAUUCGAACAUGACUCUUUUUCCUUUUGUUCACCCUAUUUUUAUCUAGCAUAUCCUUGGUUUGGUCUCUGUUCAAUAGAAAUUAUUUGCAGAAGGCACACAAAAGAAGGUCAAGACUCCCAUCUUUUCACAAGUCAUUUGCUUUCUUCUGAAAAGAAUGUGCCGUUUUGUGGCAGGCUGCUCUAUUCCGAGUAAAGGACAGGGCUAUGUUGCAAUUUGGCAUUUAAUGGAUAUUUCUGUUUCAGACUGUCACACAUCUGCCUACCUUAUGUCAAAGAAAAAUGUUGGAAUAAAUGAAAGUACAUAAAAAGAGUCAGAAGGUGUUGAAUUAAAAAAAAAAUACAAGAUGAGCUUUGAGAUCAAACAAAAUAUUAGUGAGCAGCAUUUUAUCCAUGACAAUAUUCCUCUAUAAAUAUUGUUCCUGUAAAAAGAAUCUUAUACAACUACUUUUCAAUAGAAGAAACAUGCAUGUAAGUCAUGUGUGACAAAUAUGGCUGUUGAAUGUACUAAAGCGGAUUUUGUCCAGUGUGUAUUUUUUUUCUUAUCAUAAGAUUAACCAGCUUUAACUCUUAUUUUUAAAUUAUUAAAAUCAUUCAUGGAGUAUAACUUCAUAGUUUUAAUAAGGAGAAAGUGAAUAUAUUUCUUUACAUGUCUGCCAUUCUAGGUAGGCUUCCUAAGAGACAUGUGAAUAAUUUAUUGUUUCAAAUAAUCAAAUUUCAGAAUCUCUUUCUAAUCUAGCAUUCACUUUCCUGUGUAUUUUGAAAAUAUUGCCAAUUAGUAUAGCAUCGAUAGAGAGGGGUGUUUUUGUGCGUAUGAGUGUGUAAAGCUGUAGUUAUGUAUUGACAGCUACAGGUGCAAAUAUUCUACAGCCAUUAGAAAUGAAAAUGAGAUCAAUUGCCAGUGAAGAUACCAAAGUAUUGGACAUCUUUUGCUUUUUAUCAGUCAACUAUCACUAGUAAAGGAACCAGCAGACAAGAAAUGCCCUGUAAAUUAGCCCCUGAUAAGAGUAGCAUUAAAGGCUCUGGAAGACAUAAUCAGAUGCCCCAGUGACUUGCAAAGAUCAAAAUCAUACAGGCAAUCGUUUUUCCUGUGAUAUUCUAUGGAAGUGGAAGUAGGGCUUUUAAAGAAGGAUAGAAUGAUUAUUGAUGCCUUUGAACUUUGCCAUUGGAGCAGGCAAUUCAUUUUCUCAAGGGGCAACAUGAACAAAUGGGAUUGUUGUAGCCUCCUGGCUGUGUUCUGUCUACUUGCCCGCAAGGUCACACUUCAUCUGAAGUGGCAGUGUGUGAAAGAGCCCAGAUAGCAAUAGCACUUAGACUUAUAUACCGCUUCGCAGUGCUUUUACAGCCCUCUCUAAGCGGUUUACAGA